GAUACACACAACAAUCAAACCAAACCAAACCCAUGGCCGAGAAUCUUGCUUGUGGUGAAACCAGCGAGUCAUGGAUCAUUGACAACGACGAUGAUGAUAUCAACUAUGGCGGCGGAUUUACGAACGAGAUUGAUUAUAAUCAUCAACGUUUUAGUAAAGACGACAACUUUGGCGGCAACGGAUCAAUUCCGAUGAUGGGUUCUUUUUCUUCAUCGUCCUUGAGUGAAGACAGAAUCAAAGAGAUGUUGGAGAGAGAGAUUGAGUUCUGCCCUGGAACUGAUUAUGUUAAGAGAUUGCUUUCUGGUGAUUUGGAUUUGUCUGUUAGAAACCAAGCUCUUGAUUGGAUUUUAAAGGUUUGUGCUCAUUACCAUUUUGGAGCUCUGUGCAUAUGUCUAUCCAUGAACUAUUUGGAUCGGUUCUUAACGUCCUAUGAAUUGCCGAAAGACAAGGAUUGGGCUGUCCAGUUGCUAGCUGUCUCUUGCUUAUCAUUAGCAGCCAAAAUGGAAGAAACUGAUAUGCCUCAAAUUGUUGAUUUACAGGUGGAAGAUCCCAAGUUUGUUUUUGAGGCCAAAACAAUAAAAAGGAUGGAGCUUUUGGUUCUCAACACAUUGAACUGGAGAUUGCAAGCUCUAACUCCAUUCUCCUUCAUUGAUUAUUUCGUCGACAAGAUUAGUGGUCAUGUGUCAGAGAAUUUGAUCUAUAGAUCGUCGCGAUUCAUCUUAAACACCACCAAAGCAAUUGAAUUCUUAGACUUCAGGCCUUCUGAGAUAGCUGCAGCAGCAGCAGUGUCUGUCUCCAUUUCAGGAGAAACAGAAUGCAUUGAUGAUGAAAAGGCGAUGUCUAAUCUCCUAUAUGUAAAACAGCAGGAGAGAGUGAAGAGAUGUUUGAAUCUGAUGAGAACUCUCACAGGGGAGAAUGUGUCGGUAACUAGUUUAUCGCAUGAGCAGCCGCGAUUAGCAGUAAGAGCGGUACCGGCAAGUCCAAUUGGAGUGUUGGAAGCAACAUGUUUGAGCUAUAAGAGUGAAGAGAGAACAGUGAAGAUAGGGUCAAUGAUGUUUUUCCUCACUUGUGUCUAUGGCGAUCCGGUGAAAGCUCUUAGGCAUUUGGUAUGGGAACGACUCUCUGGAAUUGGCAUUGGUAGAAAUGAAGCUUGGGUAGUGCUUGGUGAUUUCAAUGAAUUGAUGACCAAAACCGAAAAAAUGGGAGGACCUCUCCGCAAUGAAUCAUCUUUCUGGGAUUUUCGAAAUAUGGCUGGGAAUUGCAAAUUGGCAGAGAUAAGAAGCUCUGGAAAUUGCCUUUCAUGGGCAGGAUGGCGAGAUAAAAUAUGGAUUCAAUGUCGUCUUGACCGGAGUUUCGGUAAUGACGAAUGGUUUCAACUAUUCCCAAGAGCUCAUAUGGAAUAUCUUGAUAUGUGGGCAUCCGAUCAUCGACCAAUUUUGAUUACCUUUGCUUUGGAGGAAAGUGUUAAUGCUAAAGGAAGGUUUUGUUUUGAUAAGCGGUGGUUAUCGAAACCAGGAAUUGUUGAUGUAGUGAAAAAAGGAUGGUGUGGUGGACAACAAGAUAUGGAGAUCUCUUUGGCAGAGCGUAUAGGAAGAUGUAGAUCAGAAUUAUCUCGUUGGAAAAGAUCAUCAAAUACCAACUCUGAGAUGAGGAUGGUGAAGUUAAAAGAGACUCUUGAGAAGGAAGUUUCUAAAAUGUAUCCAGACCCCAACGUAAUGCAGAGAACAAAGAAUGAAGAAGCUUCAAUCCCGUCUUCAUGGAUGGUUUGCGAAAUCCUUAUCACAAGGUGACGUAACAGUCUCGCCAAUAAUACACAAGAUUUUCCUUGGCUUUUGUGGCAUAUAUGGAAGUCUAGAAACUUGUUUGUGUUUGAAGGGAAGAGCUAUGAUGCUAACAGUAUUGUGGUAAAAGCCCGUGAGGAUGCAGAGACGUGGAUGGCUGCCAACAAAUCAGAUGCAACUGCAACAAAUAAAUCCUUCUUCACAGCUUCUCAUACCCAUCAUACUUGGAGAUGCCCGAUGUUUAGUUUUGGGAAGUGUAACAUUGGAUGCUCUUGGAUUAAACAAGAGAUGAACUGUGGGGCCGCCUGGAUUCUUCGUGAUCAUUCAGGUAAACCUCUGUUCCAUAGUCGUCGAUCAUAUUCGAAAAUUGCAACAGGUUUUGAAGCAGAUCUCUUGAGCCUACUCUGGGCAGUAGAAAGCUUAAGUAACCUUAGACAAAACAAGAUCAUCUUUGAGAUAUCAUCCCAAAAAGUAGUGGAAGCAGUACGAUAUCCACAUAGAUACCCCCUCUUUCGACACUUGAUUUCAGACAUUAGAAGAUUCUUGGCUGUCUUUGAGUUUUCAGUUGUAGUUAUAGCUCCAAAUGAAUGUAAUCGGGUGGCCAAAGAAAUAGCAACAAGUGUCACAAGAGAUCAUCGGUACCAAUCUUACAUUGCACGGGAGGGGCCACUGUGGCUUCAAGAAAUCAUCACAGAGGAAUCUAAGCUUUUGGUUUGAGAUUCUUCUUCGGGCACUUCGUGCCUUUAUGUUUUAUGUGCUUUAUUGCAGUCCUACUGGACUUGUUUUUUGUUUUAUCAGUCCACUUAUUUUAUGUUUUUCAGUUAGAUAAUGGUCUUAUGUUCCUUUUAUCUUCAGUAAUUGAGUUUGCUGGGUUUGUAUAAGUUUAUAGCCGUACCCGUUUCUUGGGUCUUUCGUCUUGCCCUUUAGUGUGAGCGUGUAAUGUUUUUCACUUUCUUGUGAAAUAUCAAUAAACAGUGUUAAAAAAA